AUGAUCUUGCAGCGGUACACAACUUCAUCUCUUACUUCUGAAGAAGGGUCAAAACGCAACAAGUACUUAAAUGAGUUGCUUUUCCGUAUCAUGGAUGUGAACUCAUUCGUGCGUAACCACACCCUGCAUACAUGGGAAAAACUUACCGAGGCCAAGGCAGUCCCGAAACGUUACCAUAUCGCACUCACCGAGGCUGUAGUCGGACGUCUGGAAGAUAAAAACUACCUUGUGCGCGACUCUUCCAUGUCUUUAAUCUCUUGCAUUUUAAGGAAAAACUGGUUUGGUCAUGUACUUAAUUUCACUCUUAUUCUAAGUAAAUUAGAGGAAUCAAAAGCGGAAGUAUUGACGAAAUUUACAAACGACGAAUCUGAAGUGAAAAAGCACUUUUCUUUUUUGCGAAAGGAAUUUCGCCCAACCAACGAGGACCUCGACGAUCCGCUGGAAGCCAAUACAGAAGAUGGGGAAGAAAUAAAUGAAGGAGAUAAUACAUCACCUGACCCUAAAACUCUGGAAAAUGAACAAAUGGCUGCGUUGAGUAAGGUGCUCUUCUAUGAAAAUGCGCUUUGCUUUGUAAAGUUGAUAGGAACAGCUCUCCAGUACGCUACCACAUUGCUAGACAGUCGAACGGAACGGGACGUCUUUGAAUCUAUUAAACUCAUUGUUGCCUGCUCAGAAUUCAGCCUUGAGGCUUCCACUAAAGCUUUUAGAAAGGUUCUGGUUAUGGUGUUUGAAGGAGAAGUUAAAGUUCAGCUCGCUGUGCGAGAUGCGUUUGCAGAAGUCGUUUUUGCAUCCUUCAACCGUCUUCCAGGCUCUACCAUGACCCGUGCUAGUGCAAGUGCGCAGCGACUUAUCAGUAUAUUAAAUGAAGCUUCAGAGGGAGAAAUUAGCGCUGUGGACCGCAUCUUUAGCUUACUAAAGCUUAAUACGACGUACACACGGUUUCUGUCCGGACCAUUUAUCGAUGCCGUUUGGAGCGUCGUGGAAGGUGCCGUAACUCAGGAAGCCACAAUGAACAACUGCCGAACUGCCAUGCGCAUUUACAGCCUACUUUCUAAAUACCAUUGGAGAGAUCUUCGGUUGAGGAAGGGUAGUAUUCUGGAGUUUUUGGAGUCUAAUGUGCAUAAGGACAACAUUCUUCUUUCCUAUGUUUUUGCAACUCUUCAGUGCGAAGCAUUGGACCCUCAGUUUCGACCUAUAUCAUCAACUGAAAAUCCAAAGACCCAUUGUGUUUUAAAGCAUCUCAUUGUUCACCUCUGCCGUAAGACCACCGCUAUUGCAUCUUGGAUGUGUCUUGCCAAGGCUGCUCUGAGCGCUAUUCAUUACCUGUGUGAUGUUCCCGUAGCCAUUUAUAACUACGUUUUGGAGUAUUAUGUCUCAUGUAUAGACACACGGAAUGACUGCAACACCAAGUCCCAGCUCCUCUUUCUUGUGGGCCAAACCGCCUUCAAACAACUGGUGGCCGUUGAAUCCGUCGAACGCCAACAGCUCAAGGCUCUUGAAGAGCUGACCAAAGAGCCUGCCAGUAACAACAGCAAUGAUACAGAUUCUAUGCAAAAAGAACUUGGGUUGGGUUCGUACGAAUUCAAGCGUCACACUGUGCACGAGCUGGCUCAGAAACAAAGACGUGCGAUUCUUUCAGUGGGUUCGAUUUGGCACACCGUUUCCAAAGAAGUUGUAUCGGCGUGCGGUCAUGAGCAGAGUAUUUCCGCCGGUGACCGCCCGUUAGAGCGUGUAUGUGCUGUUAUGACGCUUUGCCAACUGAUGAUUAUUGAUGAGGAUUUUUGCAAGGAACAUCUCCAUGUUAUUUUGUCUAUUGCAUCAAACAAGCGUGAGUCCUGGAUUAUGAAGACAAAUAUUGUGAUAGCUCUUGGGGACCUUGCCUGUGUGCACCCCAACCUCCUGGCGUCAUAUUUGAGUGUGCCGACUACUGGACUCUUUAAGAUGCUCGCGGAUGAUGAUAAACGAGUACGAGCCGUUACUAUUCAGGUGUGUUCACAUUUAGUGUUGGGCGAAAUGCUACGUGUUCGCGACCACCUGUACGCUAUUAUCAGGUUAGUCGCUGACCCCGACGAGACAAUCUCUAGCAACGCUGUAACCUUUGUGCAAAACCUUGCUAUGAGGGAAAAAGAAAAGAUCGGUAACCUCAUUCCGCCGCUAGUGUCUCAGCUUAGCAAUUUGAUGCCAGCUGAUAAAUUCCAGCUUGCUGUGCGCACACUCUUGGAGCGAGUCGAAGGGGACAAACCAACCGACUCACUUGUCGAGCGUCUUUGCCAGAGUUUUGAAGCAUUCUCAGAGCGAAGUAUAAAGAAACGACAACUGGCUCGAAAUUUAGCAUUUUGCUUAAGUGAGUUAAACUACACCACUGAUCGCUCUAUUAAGCGUAUCAUGUCUGAGGCAUGCUAUCAACAGUACCGUCACUGGUUGCGUGACCCAGAGGUGCUCCAGUUGUUCAAAUCCAUUGCUGUAAAGGCAAAAAAAUCGGGUCGUGUUGGGGCUGAAAGACGUGACAAGAGCGCUAUUGAGGAGUGGGAAUCCAGGAUGCUUGCGGACCUUUGUACGGAAUCUUCCCAAGAAGGGACUGAGGGUCGUAAUGGAGUAGAUAACGAAGAAUAG